AUGGUGAAAUACCAAGGCCCUAUAUUAACCGCAUUAUUAAGUAGUGUAAUGGGAUGGAAUUUGAACAAAUUAUAUAACAAAAAUGAAUUGACCAAAUAUGGCCUAAAAAACAAUCACAAUAUACUUGUAAUACGACAAAUAAGUAUUCCAGAUAAAAACAUAAAUUCGAAAAGUAAUAACAACUUAAAUGGUUCACAUGAUUUGAAAGAAGAAGACAUAUUGAAAUUUAUCCAAAAUAUUAAUGAUGUUAACAAAAAAUAUCAAGGUUAUUGUGAAACUAGUAUUUUUAAAAACUCAACAUUUUCUGAUCUAGAUAAUGAUCAAAAUGAUGAAAGUUUCAAUAAAUACAUUGUUAUAGAUAAAUGGAAAACCCAAAUGAAUUUUGAGCAAUCUAAAAAAGAGUUUGAAAAAUUAUUUUCACAAAAAAAUGAUAUUUAUAAUAAAAAAUUGCAAGAUAUCUACUUCAAAUACGAAAUAUUUAACAAUAAUUAUGAAACUAUAUCUACACAAAAUAUUUUCAAAAAAUUUUUUAAUUUUAUUUUAGAGUAA